AUGAAGAGAUUUGGAAUUUGGACCCGUCCUUCACUGGGUCGCCGCUCGUUUUAUGCAGGAUUGGAUGACUCCCGUGUCAUGCGGCUACGGCGAUCAAAUACAACCCUCAACAAACCUCGUGGGCGAGACGCGUUUUCAUUAGCCUUCGAAAAGCGCAUUCAUCUUCUUCCGCUAACGCAAGUGGGUGAUUUAUACGGGCUGCCAGUUCCACCAUCUGCUCCAGGAGAGAGCUCGGGAGGUGCUGCAGAAGAAACAAUACGUGUACUUGUUGUGGAUUUAUUGCUACUUGAAGAUGUGGAGUCACUGAUUUCCUUUCCAGCUUCCAACCCGCUCUACUAUGAAGAUUGGCCAACGGUUUCAGAUAAUUCCGAAGGGGAAGUACCUUCAGAUCGGAGAAGUGGCAUCUCCUCGUCACUUGCACUGGGGGAGAGUGGCUUUUCUCUACCUUCCAGCAACAAACGACACUUGCGCCAGUAUGGCGACACAACUCUCCUGCGUAAUUCAUUUGUGAGAGAGGCAGCUCAUGGUGUUUCCGCGCAAUUUCACACGGCGAUUUGCAUCAACCCGUUCAUUGAUGUCGAUCGCUUCCGACGGGAGGAGGCGCAGGUGGAAAUGAUUUCAGCUUAUCGGAAUAUUCUUUACGAGGCGGCGGAGGUUCCUGACGGUCGGGCCGAUGUUAUUCGUAUUCCUGCUCUCUGCUGUGAUACAUGCGGCCCUCGCUUCUACCAUGAGAUUGGGAAGCUGAACCAGCAAUCGCUAAUUAAAGGUUUCCAUCGCAUUGGCUCUGAGGCAAAGGAAACACUCAUGCUCAAUCCGAAGUUUAUUGUAGAAGUGUAUGUGCCUUUGCCAUUUCUGCAGCAGUUCCAGAGGGCAUUUCUGGAGGAUGCAUGGGAAACCCCCGAGUCUACGCUUAAUCCGGGAAGGACGGCACUUUAUCCCGGCCUUGCGCCCCCACGCUCUCUGUUGCCUCUUGAGGGUUGGAUUGGUAAACGGCCGGAGCUUGUGGAAGCGAUAGAAACGGAGGGCCGUAGUUUAAUGAGUGGAGUAAAAUAUUCCCUGGAUGGCAAACCAAUUGAAGAGCGGGAGGUGCUGGCGGAGCUUCGUGUGUUUGGUAGAGAAAAGGAGCAGGAGGAAAUGCUAAAGAGGGAGGAGGAAACCGCAACUCAACAAGGACUUGAAGUAGCUCCCAAUGGUAACACAGUAGCACCACUGCGCGCUGGCAUUGAUCAAAACUGA